AAUAUCCAAGAGGCGACUAACUAUCACCAAUUUAAAAUCCAAACUUGACGGGCCCAAUAGAAAUGGGUUUUGAGGGGAGCAUCCGACAAUCGGACGUUUUUAGACCCGUAGAGAUCUGAAAACGUGUAUCUAACAUUCCAACUUGGGCAGUUACCUACUCCACUGGGGCGAGCGGGGUCCUACUUUAAUUUGUAAAGAGAAGAAGAAAUGGAAAGUGAAGAAGCUAUAUAGCUACAAAACCUCAGCCAUGCCAUCCAUUGCAGGUUCCAAGGUCCUGAUCCUUGGCGGCUCUUCAGGAAUCGGCUUCGGGGUUGCGAAGCAUUCCCUCGUCGAAGGCGCUCGCGUUUUCAUCUCCUCCUCAAACCCUACGCGAGUAUCCAAUGCAGUGAACUCUCUGAAGGAGUCCUUCCCCAAUGGCGACGUGACAGGAUACCCAUGCGAUCUGAGCCAGGACGAUGCCGAGAGUCGACUGGAGGACCUCUUCAGCAAGAUCGGUGAGCUCGAUCACAUUAUCUUCACAGCAGGUGACGGGCUCGCCCUCAAGCCGGUCUCAGAGAUCGACAUCGAUUAUAUUCGCAAGGCGGGUCAUGUUCGUUUCACGGUCCCUCUGCUUGUCGCGAAGGUCGGUUCGCGCUACCUGAAAAAGAGUCACACGUCUUCCUACAUCUUGACUGGAGGUGCGGUGGCACAGAAGCCCAUGCCCAACUGGUCUGUGGUGGCAUCGUAUUCUUCCGGCCUGAAUGGAAUGGUUCGCAACUUGGCGUUGGAUCUCAAGCCUAUUCGUGUCAAUCUAGUCAUCCCUGGCGCCAUCGAAACGGAGCUCUGGGGACCCAACAGGGAGGCCUUGGUUAAGCAGGCUGCGGCACAUACGGCUCUGGGCAAGGUUGGUGCCCCAGAGGAGGUUGCAGAGGCAUACAUAUACUUCAUGAAAGACACGAACGCUACUGCCAGCUCGAUCAGCAGCAACGGAGGCUCCCUGAUCGUUUAGAGCCUCUGCUAUCUCUGCCAUUAUUCUUCCACGAUAGUCAUGAGGCCGUCCCUAGACGCCCCUGUCUAUCGAUGCGAAGAGAUGAUGGAUAAAACCCACUACGAUAGAAUCACAAUAUACUACGUUAGACAUACUUUUGUUAAGAUCCCGUGAAUGAAUGAAAGC